UACACUAUAUCACCACUACCACUACACAAGCCAACAUAGCCAUCAACAAAAGCAAAGCAGCUCAUCUUCCAGAUGGAUUACUCCAUCUCCUUGCUAUCACUCAUCUUCCUCCUUCCACUCACCCUCUCCUCUCUUCCUCCUCCUCCCAACCAUCCAUUCUCCAAAAUCUACGCUUUCGGCGACUCCUUCACCGACACCGGCAACACCCACUCCAGCACCGGCCCCUACGCCUUCCGCUCCGUCUCCAAUCCCCCCUACGGCACCACCUUCUUCCACCACCCCACAAACCGCUACUCCGACGGCCGCCUAGUCAUCGACUUCCUCGCAACCGCUCUCUCCCUCCCCUUCCUCCCUCCCUACCUCAACCAAAGCUCCCACUUUUCGUCACAUGGCGUCAACUUCGCAGUUGCAGGGUCCACCGCGCUGGACCAUGAGGUGUUUGUGAAGCAUAACAUUACGUUGGACUUGAAGAGGGAGUCUCUGGGGACGCAGCUCGGGUGGUUUAAUGGGUAUUUGGAGGAGAAAGGGUGUGGGAGAGUUGGGUCGAUGGAGUGCAGAUCGGCCAUGGAAGGCGCGCUGUUUUGGGUUGGGGAGAUUGGAGCUAAUGACUAUGCGUACAGCUUUGGUUCUUCACUUUCGCCUAAGGCUAUACGGCAGCAGGCGGUUCGGAAUGUCAUCAGCUUUCUUCAGGAGAUACUUAAAAAAGGCGCCAAGCACAUAAUAGUUCAAGGAUUACCUCUCAACGGCUGCCUCCCCCUCUCCCUAUUUCUGACCCCCCCAGAAGAUAGAGACGCCCUUGGCUGCUCAUCAAGCGUCAACAAGCUCAGCUCCGAUCAUAACGAUCUUCUUCAACAGAAACUACACCAGCUUCGCUCUCAUCAUCCCAACGCCAUCAUCUCCUUCGCGGACUACCUUCGAGCCCACCGCACCGUCGUCCAAAACCCUAAAGCCAACGGCUUCGUCGAGCCAUUCAAAGCCUGCUGCGGCGCCGGCGGCGGCCAAUACAACUUUGACAUCUUCAACACUUGUGGAUCAAAGGAAGCUUCUGCAGCUUGUUCGAACCCUUCUGAAUAUGUGAACUGGGACGGGGUGCAUCUUACUGAAGCAAUGUAUGAGAAGGUGGCGGAGAUGUUCUUUCAUGGCGGAUAUUGUCAACCUUCGUUUGAUGUAUUUCUGAGGAAGCAGGAGAAGUAGGAUAUGUAAGGGAAGUUGUUCUGUUGAGCUGUUCUGUUUUCGAGUGUACUAGUGUUGGUGGGACAUUUACAUAAGUGCCACGGAAAUCCUAUUUAUUUGCAUAGCCAA